UUUUUUUUAUUGUUAUAUGUACUCAUUUCUUAGGUCCUAAGCCUAAGACGAUUGCCGAUUUCUGGAAAAUGAUAUGGCAGGAGGAUGUUUCUAUUAUUGUUUGUCUGACCAAUCUCAAAGAGGGCGCAAAGAUCAAAUGCGCACAGUAUUGGCCAAACAUAAACGACAAGUUACAGGAUGGAGGUUUUAAUAUCAGAAGCAUGGAAGAAAAAGUAUACGCAAAUUAUACUAAAAGACAUUUCAAGGUCUACAAACAUUUGGAUCAGAAGGAUAAGGAAGUUGUGAUGUUUCACUAUACACGAUGGCCAGAUCACGGAGUACCUGCCCCACUCAGUCUUGUUGUGUUUCAUCGUCACGUGAUGAGAGUAUCCACUAAACACACCGGAAAAUACAUUGUUGUGCACUGCAGCGCUGGAAUCGGUAGAACCGGGACAUACAUUGCCCUAGACGCCCUCUACCGGGAAGGGGAGAUAAGUGGUAAAGUCAAUGUACCAAUGUACGUCAGAACCAUGAGAAAAGACAGAAUGAAUAUGAUACAAGGGGAAGAGCAAUAUAAGGCUGUCUAUCUGGCACUUAACGAAUCAUUCCUUGGGAAAUCAAGAUGUAUGACAACUGAGCAAAUUGUACAAGGAAAUCAAGAUAAUUUAUGUUAUGCUAAUUGUGGGGAAGUAAAUUCAAACCCUAUGUCUUCAGAUUUUAAGGAGCUGAUGUCUGUUCGGAAAACGUACACAGAAAAAGACUUUGAAUCAGGAAGUACCAAUAUAGAAGCCAACUACUCAAAACAUGUUCUUCCUGUUGAGGAAUUCAUGUGCCGGUUAACAUAUUCAAAAGGGAGAUCAACAUAUUACAAUGCUGUGUUUCUCCAGGUUUAGUAUAUAUGAGGAAAAACAUUGCAUUGAAUUAAACAUGAAUUACUUCGAAAUCUUUAGAAUUAGUGGAUAUCCAUUUUCAUGAGUAAGCAAGAUGUGGUGGUCCUAAGGGGC